AUGGCUGCGGAAGGUGGACCUGUGGCCGGUGGCUCUGGACGAAGGGGGAAUGUGAACUCUGAGGGCAAUAGCAAUCAGGAAGACGAGGAGGGUGGAGGAAGCAUUGAGGGUGAGGACCCCAAUCCCACCUCGGGAGGAGCACUCACUGCACCGACGAGGCAGGACCAAUCCAGAAGCGACCCACUGCGAAGUGGCACUUGCAAUCCGUCCGGCACUGGCAGCGUGUCUGCUGCUCGGAUGCGUGCAAGUGGACCGGAGUCUUUGGGCGGAGGGCAAUCUGCAGGCACAACAUCCCCACGCUCCGACGCAUCUCAGCAGGCAGCGGGUGGAGUGCAUGCUGGUGGCGGGAGGACCUCCCAGGGCAGUCGGGCUUCGGAACAAACCGUCACGGGACAGUCACAGGUGCCAGGGACGGCGAAGGAAGCACCGCAGGGCGAUGAAGGAGGAGAACCCGGAGCACAACACGAGGCCGACCAAACCACAAAAAUGACUGUGGUGACCUCUUGCGCAAAAACAGCGGUGGAAGAGGAGAGCCGCCAGCGGGAUCGCAAGAUGCACCGCGUCUCUAUAGUGGCGGGAAUGCUCAUUAUUAUUAUUUUUCCCUGCUCUUACCGACAUGUCUAG